AUGAACGCGGUAUGCGUGCGUGACCACCUUGUUCGCUUUGUCUCUCGUCUCCCGACUGGGCACGGUACACGUUGACGCAAUCGGUCUUGUUCCAAUGCUUCCGUCGUCUCUCCCGAACGUGGACAGAGGCUCGCGAUGUCCACCACGUUUUGACACAGUGUGCCCCGACGCUGCCUGACGCAGAGGCUGCGUGCAGUGCAGACAGUUGGGGAAAAGCGCUCUGCCCAAUGCUGCAGCCUCUGGCUCUUGGGAGGUCCUUGAUCUCCCGCGAUAUGUCGAUCGGGGCAAAGCAACCGUCACCGUACCAUGCAUCUCUAGACUGGUGUACCGCACCCGUCAGAGAAGAGCUGCCGUUGCCCAGCACCGCCUGCUUGGUGGCACUCAGGGAAAAGGAAAUCUCCGCCAACAGCGGAUCGUACCUGUUGCAGAUCCAUGGUCCCGUCUCUCCCUUCCAAGUCGCGGACAUAUACAACACACUAGUGAUCCAUCCCUCGAGGGAGUCCAUUCGGAAAAUGGAGAGCCAUGGAGACGGGAGCGAAAAUGCUCCCGGUGGUGAUCCUGGUGGGAGACCAGAUGAGGUUGAGAUGCUACGAGGCAAGGUAGCCUCGUUGGAAGCAUCGCUGGACAGCAAGUUUGACGGCAUGAUGGCCAUGAUGUCGAAGCUGUUGGCCAAAGGAGAAGGGUCAGGCAGCACCACGGAGGGUGCUGCUGCUGGCAGCGGCGCCAUGGAGGGCGCCGCAGCUACUGCGGAAGUCCGGAGAGGGGCACCGCAGAGUUGGAGUGGACAGGGCGAGACGUACCUGCCCGAACCUUUGAGAGAGUCUGGUCCUCCUGCGGGAGGGCGACACAGCGGCGAAGCUAGGGGGUUAAACCCCCGAGAGGAAGGAACGGUGGAAAUCCCUGUGCACAACAACGGUGGUCGGACCAAACAAGAGCUGUGUAUUGACUACCCAAGCCAGCAAGUAGAACUGGCUUUUCACGCGUGGAACUUUUUGAGCCAUGCACUCACGACAGACGAAGACAAGAAGACGAUCAGGAGGGCACAGUCGCCUCUGGGGGCGCUUCGGGAAUUGCAAGAGAUGUAUGACCCGAUCACAACCAUGCAGAAUGCAGAUGACAUGCAGAAGUUAUUGGUCAAGAGAAUCCCCGAUGAUCGACACCCCGUGCACACCCUCCGUGAUAUGUUGACGACUGCCGAACGCCUUAACACGAAAGGCAUCGUUGCUAACGAAACUUUCGUUUUGAACCACUUCGUUGGUGCGCUUCCGAACGAGUUUGCCAUGACCAAGCACAACCUGCGGCACCAGAAGGUUUUGACGAAAGAAGACGUGAUUCGCGAGGUCACAAUCGAGUACAAUGCGAUCACGGAGAAGCGGAAAGCAGCGAAGAGAGGAGCACGGGGCCCCGAGCAGGCCUACCUCGCCAACGGUGGCCGCGGCACGCGGUCAUCUGGCCGAGGCUGGGGCCAGGGUCGUGGUGGUGGCCGCGGCAGCAGCGGCGGACGCGGCAACGGCCGGGGCGGUAGCAGCAAAGGCGGAGGGGAUGGUGGAACGAAGGAGAGCAAGUCGGACAGUAGUGGGGGAACAGGGGCCGGCGGUCGCGGCGGUGGGAAAAGCGAGAUUCCUUUCCGGUGCUUCACGUGCGGUCUCAAGGGGCACAAGUCGUUCCAAUGCGAGACCAAGGAGAGCGACUACAACCCGCAAUGUGAGCACUGCCUAGGGUGGGGCCACAAGAAGGAGAAGUGUCCUACGGAGGCGGCGGUGCUUGCCGAGGUGGUGAGCGAUGUUGAUUCCGUCGAGAACCAGGCCUACAUGGCGGAGGCAACCCAGCCAGGCGAGUGUGGUCGUACCGUUGAUCUUGGUCUAGUGGGGGUAGAGGAACAAGGCCAGGGUGUCAUGAGGUACGUGGCCGAUUCAGGGGCCACGUGCUCCAUGUUCAGAAGCGCAGACGGCUUCAAGAACUACCAAGAGUGUAAUCGACGGGUGAAGGGGAUUGGUGGAGAAUUCCUUCGAAUUCUAGGAUACGGGGACGUGACCGUAGUCCUUCAGUCGGAAGGCCAAGAAGUACCCGUGCCGAUUAAGCGUGCAGCCCAUGUGCCAGGAAUGGACUUGAACCUUAUCUCGCUCACUUCGUUGACCGAGGAAGGCCACACGUACGCUGGAAAACCGGGGGGGCUAGUGCUAACCACGAAAGCAGGGAAGGAAGUGUGGUUCCCCCAACUCGGAAAAUUGCUCUCUCUGUGGGGCUAUCAAACCGAGCCCGAGGUAGACACCGCCUGUGCCGCUAUUAUUGUUCCUGGCGAAGCGAAAGCCGCCACCCCCACUGACCUCAACGAAUUCCACAACUCGCACGGCCACGCUCACGAGAGGUUGCUGAGGCUCACGGCGAAGCAGCAGGGAGUGGAGCUGACGGGAGGGCCGCUCCUGAGCUGCACCGGCUGCUCUAUGGCUAAGGGGCAGGUGAAAGCCGUUCAGAGAUUCACGGACACACGCGCAGUUAAGAAACUGUUUCGAGUUUUUAUCGACCUGGGGGGGCGGAUGCAGUUCCAUAGCAUCGGGGGCAGAUGGUACACCCUCAUCAUCAGAUGCGAUGCCACCCGUUGGACGCGCGUGUUUUUUCUGAAACGCAAGUCUGAAGCAGCCGACGCACUCGAGCAAUUUAUCGCGGAUUACCGGUCGGAGGGUACUCCGUGUGAGGUGUACGUUGUGCGUUCAGACAACGAAUUCCAGGGGCAGUUUUCGAAGACUUGCCGGAAGUGGGGUAUCAAGCAAGAGAAGACCCCCCCGCACACCCCCAAGUACAACGGUGUUGCGGAAAGAUGGCUAGGCAUCAUUAGUGAUGCCGCACUAGCGUCACGCAUUCAAGCUAAGGAGAUGUUCCCUGACGCGCCAACUGACCCGGCCUUGUGGGCUGAGGCGAUCGCAUGUGCAUGCCAUCAACUGAACUGCACCGCCACCACCGCCAACCCCGGGGACAAAUCUCCGUAUGAGAUGUUCCACGGGAAACCGCCCCCGGCCGGGUCGGUGUACCCGUUCCUCAAACCGGCGGUGUACAAGGCACGAAGAGAGAGAAAAUCGCACCCCAAGGGCCGAAAAGGAUGGUACCUCGGACCGGCCCACAACCACCCCCGUGAUUGCGUCCGCAUGCUAACCGAAGCUGGAACCGUAGUCACCACCCGCAACUUCACUUGGCGCCACGUACCCGCUGUUUCGCCCGUUCCCCCGCAACUGCCCCUCGCGGAUAUUGGGGAGGGAGGGGAGGGCGAGGGCAGUGAGGACACGUCGAGUCGAGGUGGAGGGGGGGAAGAGGACUUGGCGAGUGAGUCCGACCUCGACAUGACGGAGAUCCGUGGGCCGGGGCGUGCGACACUGCCGGCGCGCGAGAAUGCGCCGGCGGUACCCGGCAACGGGAUCCAGGGGGACGAAGGUAGUGCUCCCCCGUCGCCCCAUUUGGGAGGGGGCGAUUUUGGUGGCGGCGAUGGCAUCCCCACCAGCAGCAGCAGCAGCAGCGACAGCAGCAGCAGCAGCAACAGCAGCAGCAGCAGCAGCAGCAGCAACAGCGACACCAGCGGCGGCGGCGGUGAACCCGAAGACUCCGGCGGAGAGGCCGGGGGAGCUGGGGGCUCCGACGUCGACGGCGAGGAUAGCGGCGGCAGCGACGACGGCGAGUACAAAUACGACCCCGCCGAUACCCGCUACCCCCCCGGGACGCAGGGAAAGAAACUUCUCUGGGGCGCCUCGAAGGAGGGCCCACUGCGCUACGGGCUGCAGCGCGGUCGCACCCGGAAGCAGACACGGGAGCUAGCGGAGGCCGAGAGGACCGCCGAGGGUGCCGCCGAGGAGGCCGCCGAGGAGGCCUUGCUGUCAACAGUCCUGGAGGUGGAGGGAGGCAAGGAGCUCGUCGCUGAGUAUCUCCAACGGUCGUUGGUGGAGGAGCGCCAGAUGGAGGAAAUGGCCCUACAGGCUGAGAUUGAAGAGAUGAUGCUGCAGUCGGACGUGCCGGUGGAACGUCCUUUCAACAUCGACUGCAGCAACCCUGAGCUAAGUAUCCCCUCGCCAAUCGGGCAGAAACCUAACGAUGUAGAGGCUCUGCCGUUGACGUACGAGGACGUGAAAUGGUCUAAGUACAGGAAGCAGUGGGACGAGGCAAUCAAGAAGGAGAUGGACGGGCAUGAGAAAACAGGGACGUUCUCUAAAAUCGAGAAGCUCCCUGAAGGUCGGAAGGCAGUCAGUACGAAGUGGGUGUUCGAUUACAAGACUGAUGAGAAGGGGUUGAUUACCGACUUCAAGGCCCGUCUGGUUGCUCGUGGUUUUUCCCAAGUCCACGGACAGGACUACCACCACUCUUCAUCAGCGUGCCCAGCCGUUUCAUCGAUUAAGCUCGCGAUGGCCUUUGCCACAGAGGGCGGCCUACCCACACGCCAUUUCGACAUUAAGCAGGCGUACACGCACGCAAAGAUCCAGGAAGAACUCUAUGUGCGGAUUGCCGAUGGUAGUGGUGCCAUGGCUGGCAAGGUGCUCAAGGUAGAACGGGCACUGUAUGGUCUGAAGCAGAGUGGGCGUGAGUGGGGUUUUGAGGCUGCUAAUAUCCUGGUGGAUAGCGGGUACGAGCAGUGCAGGGCUGACCCGUGUGUGUUCCGUAAGAUCGUGGAUGGGAAGGUAGUGAGCAUCAUCGUGAUCUACGUGGACGACAUCAUGUACGUAGGGUCGGAAGAAGAGGGCGAGGAGUUGCUCACUUCCCUGCGUAAGACACUUCCUGUGAAGGAUUUGGGGGAGUGCACCUGGUACGAUGGAUGUGCGAUUGAAAGGGAUUUGGAGUUGGGAACGACCACACUGUCCCAGAAAGCGUACAUUGCAGGACUGAUGGACCGUUUUGGGAUCACGACGACCGCAUCCACCCCCGCUGACCCCAAUGCCGAUCUAGGGCCGAAGAGAGAUGACGAGCCCGGGGUGGAUAAGCCAGUGAGGCAGGCGAUCGGAUGUCUGAUGUGGCCUGCGACAUUUACGAGGCCGGACAUCGCCACCGCUCUGAACGCAGUGCAACGGAACGCUCAUGCGCCCACCAUGCGAGACUGGAAGGCGCUCGUGCAGAUCCUGAGCUAUCUCAACGCCACGAUGGACCUCGGCAUCACCUACGUUCGGGGUUCGGGGCUAGACCUAGAGGUGUAUGUUGAUGCCAGCUACGCCGACAGGGACACCGGCAGGCGUUCGGUGACGGGAAUAGCCGUAACUGUUGGUGGUACCGUGGUCAGCCACGCUAGCAAGACGCAGCGUAUCGUGUCUCUGUCGACCUCGGAGGCUGAGUACAUUGCAGCCGGGGAAGGCGUGAAAGAAGCCUUGUUUGUGCGUGCGGUGCUGUCUUUCAUAGCGCCUGAGACGAGUGGGGCGAAGAUCAAGGUCCUUGAGGACAACCAGGGGGCGAUAUCGUUGGUGCAGAACCCCUUUAGCUCGGCGAGGAGCAAGCACAUCGACGUGCGGUUCCAUUUCAUUCGAGAGCUGUUCAAGUCGGGCAGAAUCUCCGUCGAGUACAUCCCGACUGACGAGCAGCACGCCGACCUUCUCACCAAGGCUCUUGGUAGGACCAAACUAGAAGACCACCGGAAUGCUCUGAUGAACAUCCCGGGGUAGUGGUCUGUUUUUUUUUUUUUUGUUUAGCACUGGACUUUAUGAUCAUGGUACGUCACGCAGGAAGGAUUUACCGGCACGUCACUCGAGGUUGGAGCCUAGAAGCGCCCGUAGCGCUACCGAGAGAUGCGUAAUCCCCGUGCCCGGUACAAUUUGUCCUGCCUUGAUCUUGUCUUGGAAGUGCGGCCGUU